AUGGCAGAUACUGUUNAUGUUGCAUAUGCACAUGUUCAAGCAUUGGAGAUUGCUUCAGCUAAUGGCAGAUACUGUUUAGUUGAGACAGUGACAUACUCUUCUGAAACUCGGAAGAUAUUGCACAAGCUUUACCCUACUCUCAACAUUCCAAAAAAGGGAAAGGGAUUUGGGGGCAUCGUUGGAGCUGCGGGUGGGGGAUUGUCGGAGCAAGAGGUGGGUGUUGGGGGCACCGUCAAAGUAGGGGAAGCGGUUGGAGGCAUCACUGGAGCUGGGAAAGGGGUUGGAUUCAACGAGAAGAUGUUGGGG